GCAUUCUAAGAGUUCGACUGCUAAGAAUUUGGUGUCAGUAUUGAUGGAUGUUUGUUCUACUUUUGGCUUCAUGAAGGAGUUACGGUCUGAUAGAGCAGGCUGUUUCUCGUCGAAGUACACUCGAGAAUGCCUUGGUCGACAUAAUGUUCGAGUUCACCUUAUUAACCCUCGGAGUCCUUUCUCGAAUGGUUUAGUAGAAAGACGAAUGCGAGAGGUUAAACAGGUUUUCAAGUUGUAUGGAGUCAGAAGGUCAGGUAGAUGGUUUGAUCAAGUGCCGAGUGUAUUGCGAAGAUUAAAUAAUGUGGUGUUACCGAAACCAUUGCAUACUACACCGUUUGAGUUGAUGUUUGGGCGAAGCUUC